AUGUCAUGUCCUCACAUUAAAAGCGAAGUAAAAACCGAAGAAGAGGAUUUGAGAAACAAAACUGGAGGUUUUCUGUGUCCAGCAUGUGGUGAACAACUUUUCUACGAGAAGUAUUUCCUUGAACAUAUCAGGGAACGUCAUUAUAAGCCUGACCUACGAGUACAAGAUGAGGAGCACAGUUUGUUACAUGAGUUUUCUGGAGGUUCUGUUCAUAACAAUGGUCAUGUUACAGAACAAGAUGGUUGUUGUGUUCAAAAUAAAUGCGAUGUUGUUAAAUCAGAAGUAAAAACGGAGCAGAGUGAAAUUAACGUCAUGUUUGGAGGCUUUCUCUGUUCAAAAUGUCCAGAUUGUUUGUAUGCAACAGCUAAUAAAUCAAACCUCAAAGAACAUUUGAAGACUCAUUCGGGAGAGAAACCAUUUAAUUGCCCAGAUUGUUCGUAUGCAACAGCUUAUAAAUCACACCUCAAAGUACAUCUGAAGACUCACUCAGGAGAGAAACCAUAUAAAUGUCCAGAUUGUUCGUAUGCAACAGCUAAUAAAUCACACCUCAAAGUACAUCUGAAGACUCACUCAGAAGAGAAACCAUAUAAAUGUCCAGAUUGUUCGUAUGCAACAGCUAAUAAAUCACACCUCAAAGUACAUCUGAAGACUCACUCAGUAGAGAAACCAUUUAAAUGCCCAGACUGUUCGUAUGCUUCAGCUUUUAAAUCAAGCCUCAUAGUACAUUUGAAGACUCACUCGGGAGAGAAACCAUUUAAAUGUCCAGUUUGUUCAUAUGCAACAGCUCGGAAAUCAGACCUCAAAGUACAUCUGAAGACUCACUCUGUAGAGAAAUCAUUUAAAUGCCCAGAUUGUUCGUAUGCUUCAGCUUAUAAAGCAUACCUCAAGGUGCAUUUGAAGAUUCACUCGGGAGAUAAACCGUUUAAAUGUCCAGAUUGUUCGUAUACAACAGCUCGGAAAUCAGACCUCAAAGUACAUUUGAAGAUUCACUCGGGAGAUAAACCGUUCAAAUGUCCAGAUUGUUCGUAUGCAACAUCUCGGAAAUCAAGCCUACAAAAUCAUUUUCAGAUUCACUCUGGAGAUAAGCCAUUUAAUUGUCCAGAUUGUUCGUAUGCUUCAGCUUAUAAAGGUAACCUCAAAGAACAUCUGAAGACACACUCGGGAGAGAAACCAUUUAAUUGCCCAGAUUGUUCAUAUGCAUCAGCUUUUAAAUCAGACCUCAAAGUACAUUUGAAGAUUCACUCGGGAGAUAAACCGUUUAAAUGUCCAGAUUGUUCGUAUGCAACAGCUCGGAAAUCAAACCUCAAUGUACAUAUGAAGACUCACUCGGGAGAGAAACCUUUUAAAUGUCCAAAUUGAAUGUCCUAGACCGGUAGGAAAUAUUCAAACUAUUCAUUGCAUCAUUUUUUUCUCUGGAUACACUGCUUCCAAAAUUUCAAAACUGCGAAAAUUCGAUGAAGGGGAUGGCAGAAAAGCUUCUCUUUAAAACUCUUCCAAAAUUUCUUUUUAUAUUCUGAUGAUUUUCCGUUUAUUAAAGUUUUCUUUGGAAACAGAACUUUGAGUACCUCAAUUGUGUCUUUUGCCAUCCUCAGUGACCUUCAAUGAUGGUAAUCCAAGACGGUGGUAUUCUCGACCACCAGAGGUAUUGCUCCAGGCAACCAUGCUCCUUAAACGAGUAGCAAGACUCCUGGCAUCCAUGCUCCUUAAACGAGAAGCAAGACUCCUGGCAACCAUGCUCCUUAAACGAGUAGUAAUACUC